UCUAAGCGGUCAACAGAUCUGGGAGAGUACUGGCCAGUACUGUUUCCCAAGAGUGUGUUGUCUAGCAUGACAGAUGCCGUGCUGGCACGAGUGUACAAACAAUCAGAUCUGGACAUCCUGGCUAAAGAAGCAUCCAUCCCGAUUGUCAAUGGGCUGUCGGAUUUGUACCACCCUAUCCAGAUUCUGGCUGACUACCUCACGCUCCAGGAACACUAUGGCUCUCUGAAAGGCCUUACCCUCAGCUGGAUUGGGGAUGGGAAUAACAUCCUGCAUUCCAUCAUGAUGAGUGCGGCUAAAUUCGGGAUGCACCUUCAGGUGGCUACCCCAAAGGGUUAUGAGCCGGAUCCCAGUAUAACCAGGUUGGCGGAGCAGUAUGCCAAGGAGAAUGGUACCAAGCUGUCGCUGACAAAUGAUCCAUUGGAAGCAGCUUGUGGAGGCAAUGUAUUAAUUACAGACACUUGGAUAAGCAUGGGACAAGAAGAGGAGAAGAAAAAGCGGCUCCAGGCUUUCCAAGGUUACCAGGUUACAAUGAAGACUGCUAAAGUUGCUGCCCCUGACUGGACAUUUUUACACUGCUUGCCCAGAAAGCCAGAAGAAGUGGACGAUGAAGUGUUUUAUUCUCCACGAUCUCUUGUAUUCCCAGAGGCCGAAAACAGAAAGUGGACAAUCAUGGCUGUCAUGGUAUCCCUGCUGACAGAUUAUUCGCCUCAGCUCCAGAAGCCAAAGUUUUGAUGCAUUGAUGCUUCUCAAGAGAGAAACCAUGUUCUUCAGGAACAGAAUGAGUCAGUUUAUGAGCGAAGGAGAAGAGAAGAGAACAAAUCACAGAAAUAAAGAAAUUCUAACACAUGGUAUAGGUGAAUGGUAUGA